UUCUCCCUCGGUGGACGGAACGUCAGGAGGAAAAAAAACUUUAAGAUCAACAGCCGCCAUCUUGGUGGAAAAAUUCGUCCGAAAUUUGGGAAGAAUUGAACGACAUCGGGAGCUGCGCCCGCCGCCCCGUCGGCCCUCCCGAGCCCGCAGGCGGCGCCCAAAUCCACUUGAUCGCUAAAUCAGCGCGGCUCCGGGCGCCUUUCUCCGGGGCGAGAGCGCUGCGGAGGACGGGGAGCGGGUGAGGGGGGUUAGCCAAACCGUGUCCCCACGGCUGGGCCGGAGCCAGGCUCCGGCUCAAGUAUUGUUUUCAUCGCCUCAGCCGGCAGCGGCCCGGCGCUAGUCCCCGGCCCGGCCAGGGCCCCGCCGCCUACAAUGAGGCCCGACUGACUGCCUUCGGUGGGGUGGCUUUUUUGUGCGUGUGUGUGUGCGGGGAGAGCAAAAGAUCAAUUUAUUAUACAAAAUUGAAAAUAUACGCGAGCGAGGAGUGGAAGGGAAUCGGUGUCCCGGGUGUGAGGGGAGUGCAGAAUGGCGGCGCGGGGUGUCGCGGUGGGGGAAUGGCGCUGGGGCUGAGGAGGAGCCGGCACUGAUCUCAGGCCCCGCGGCCUGCGGCUGCCUCCGUCUCCGUACCCCACCCCCUCCCUCACCUUUCGAUGCUUAUUCCACCCAACGCGCUUUAAAAGGGGAGGGGGAAAGCAGUAAUACAUAGAAUAUAUCCAGAAAUAAAAUGGCCGAGAAUCUACUGGAUGGACCGCCGUCUGCCAAGCGGCCGAAACUCAACUCGCCGGCGCGUUCUGCCAGUGACAGCACAGAUUUUGGAUUGUCGUUUGAUUUAGAAAAUGACUUGCCCGAUGAGUUGAUCAGGUCAUCCGAUUCCCUGGGACUGCCCAAUGGUGGUGAAUUGGGCCAGCUGAGCAGUGUCAUUGGUCAGGACGCUGCGUCUAAACACAAGCAGCUCUCAGAACUCCUGCGAGCUGGCAGUGGCUCCAGUCUCACGGGAGGACUGGCCAAUGUGAACUCCAACAGCAGUCCUGGUAGAUCAAUGGACAAUCCUGGCCAGAGCCAGCAGAACAGCUCCAACGUAAGCAACAUGGGUAAAAGCCCACACAAUCAGGGGCUGACUUCACCUUCCAGUUUGGGGAUGGCAGCCAGCGGUUCAAGUUCUUCAACACCCGGCUCUCAGGCACUGAACACACAAGCACAAAAGCUCGGAGAACCAAAACUCCACAACGCGACGGCGGGUUUGGUGUCUGCCAGUGGCAAUCCAGCUGCUCCAAGCGGGCCAGGAGGAAUGGGCAUCAAUGCCAAUCUCAGUCACACACACCAGGCUCUUCUGAGCAGCAACAACAGCCAAGGUCUGAUGCAGCAAUCGCAGCAAGGCCAGGGCCAGGUGCUGAACGGAUCCUUGGGCGCUGCUGGCAGGGGACGUGGCGGAAUGCAGUAUUCAAACUCUGGCAGCGUGUUAGCAGAGACUCUGGCUCAAGGAUCGGCGCAGAUGGGGGCACACGCGGGUCUAAAUCCACAGCAAGCUGGCGCUAUGGCAAAAAUGGGGAUUUCGGGUAAUGCGAGCCUAUUUGGACAAGGCUAUGGUCAAGCAGGCGGUCAGCAAUUAGGCACUACGGGGGUUGGACCUCAAAUGCAAAACAAAAGUAAUCUUUCCAACAGUCUGCCUCCAUUUCCAUCUGAUUUGAAGGGUACUCAAGUUACAAAUGUGCCGAACAUGUCUCAGCAGCAGUCCCAGGUUCAGCAGGUAGGCAUGGUACAAGUACCCUCCCAGGUGCCAACGCAGGGAAUGGGGUCUGCGCCGACAGCAGAUCCGGAGAAACGUAAACUGAUACAGCAGCAGCUGGUCCUACUGCUUCACGCCCACAAGUGUCAGCGGAGAGAGCAGGCAAACGGCGAGGUGCGCCCCUGUGCUCUCCCACACUGCCGAACUAUGAAAAAUGUCCUCAAUCACAUGACUCACUGUCAAGCAGGCAAGUCCUGCCAGGUUGCUCACUGUGCAUCAUCAAGACAGAUCAUUUCUCACUGGAAAAACUGCACUAGACAUGACUGUCCUGUAUGUCUACCCCUGAAAAAUGCUAGUGACAAGAGGAAUCAGCAGACCCUAUUAGGUUCUCUGCCGAGUGGGUUACCAAACACAGUGGGUGCAGUUGGAAGUGGUCCACAGGGCACAUCCAGCAAUUCCAAUCCUAUCGAUCCCAGUUCAAUGCAGAGAGCAUACGCGGCACUUGGACUGCCCUACGGUAACCAGCCACAAGCGCAGCCGCAGCCUCAGGUACAAGGCCAGCAGACAGCACAGCCUCAAGUUCACCAAUCAAUGAGGCCAAACCCUUUGGGUACGAGCCAGAUGAAUGUGGUUGGAGGGAUGGGUGUUCCAGCCCCUGACCAGUCAAAUUUGAUGUCUGACUCUGCUCUUCCACCUUCCCUUGGCACACCAAACCAAAUGAUGAACGAUGGCACAAAUGUAGGUAACGUUAGCACAUUACCAACAGCAGCACCUUCCACUAGUGGCGUCCGAAAACCGUGGCACGAACAUGUAACUCAAGAUCUGCGCAAUCACCUGGUUCAUAAACUAGUGCAAGCCAUAUUUCCAACCCCUGACCCAGCAGCACUAAAGGAUCGUCGCAUGGAAAACCUUGUGGCAUACGCUCGGAAAGUGGAAGGAGAUAUGUAUGAAUCUGCAAACAGUCGGGAUGAAUACUAUCACUUACUAGCAGAGAAGAUUUACAAGAUUCAGAAAGAGCUAGAGGAAAAAAGACGAUCUCGACUUCAGAAGCAGCAGCAAGGAAUAUUGCCAAACCAGGGUGCCUUGACAGGGCCAGGUGGGCAACCACCCGGUAUGGCUCAGGUCCAGCCUGUCCGGCCACCCAAUGGACCCUUGUCUAUGCCAAAUGUGCCAAAUCAGAUCAUAAAUCGCAUGCCAGGAUCUCAAGGGAUGAACCAGUUUGGCCCCAUAUCUUUGGGGAAUGUUCAGAUGCCACAGGGGCCCAUGGGACCGCGUGCGGCUCCUCCCAUGAACCAUAAUGUACAGAUGAGCAACAUCGGAUCCAUUCCAACGAUGGCCAUGUCACCCUCUCGACUAUCAAACCCUCAAGGUCUGCUGGGAGUGCACGCCAACAAUAUUGGUCAACCUUCCCCCCAGAACCAAUUUCUGAAUCAGAACCAGUUCCCUCCAGCCUCUGGUGGAAUGAAUGUGAAUAAUGUGGGCAUAGCGCAGCCCACAAACCAACCUGGAAUGAAUCAGGCUCAGACACCCGGAACUACCUUGGCUUUGAACAAUACUGUAAACAUGAUUGGGUUAUCCGGUGCUCCGAUGCACUGCCCACCUGUCUCUCAGCCAACUCUCCGCCAAACCCCCUCACCUGCCUCCAUCUCUGCCUCUGUCGUCGCUACUGCUGCUGGGAGUAUGCCGUCUAUCCAGCAUCCGGCCCCGUCUGGCAUCACUUCUCCACAACCAGCAACUUCCCAGUCUCAGGCCUCUACUCCAGCAUCCUCUUCAGGUCAGACCUCAACACCGACGGCAACACCAGCACGGAGUACAACCCCAAAUCAGACGCCACCUCGAACACAGACUCCGACGCAACCUCCAACUCCAGUACAAUCACAACAGUCAGUUACCACACCACAACCAAUGCAACAGUCAUCUGGACCACCUCAGCCUGCCACUCCUCUCUCACAGUCUGCAGCAAGCACAGAUGGUAGAGCAGCUACGCCAGCUUCUGUGGCGAGUACAGACACAAACUCACAGCAGCUUGUACCUGAAGCUCCACUGUCUGAAACCAAGCCAGAGGUCAAAAUGGAAGAAAUGGAAUCAGAACCACCAGAAGCCCAAGCAGAAGUGAAAACAGAGAAUGACGAGGUGUCUUCAUGUUCGCAGUUGAAGGCAGAGAGUAAUGAGAGCAUUGAUAACAAGCAGGAACCCAUGGAGGAGGAAGAGGAGGAAGAAAAAUCAGAGAUUAAAACUGAUUCCAAAGAGGAGGAGGAGGCUGGUGCCAAUGCAUCUUCUCAAUCAUCGGCAUCACCACCACAGUCACGUCGAAAGUUUUUCAAGCCAGAGGAACUACGGCAAGCGCUUAGGCCCACGCUUGAAGCCUUGUACCGUCAGGACCCGGAGUCAUUACCAUUCAGGCAACCUGUAGACCCUUCACUAUUGGGAAUUCCUGAUUACUUUGACAUAGUGAAGAGUCCCAUGGAUCUGUCGACGAUAAAACGGAAGCUGGACACUGGGCAGUACCAGGAGCCAUGGCAGUAUGUAGAAGAUGUAUGGUUGAUGUUCAACAAUGCAUGGUUGUACAAUCGCAAGACAUCACGUGUAUAUAAAUACUGUACAAAAUUAGCCGAGGUCUUUGAGCUUGAGAUUGAUCCGGUCAUGCAAUCUCUUGGCUACUGCUGUGGACGAAAGUAUGAGUUCUCCCCUCAGACAUUGUGCUGCUAUGGGAAACAGUUGUGUACAAUUCCUCGUGAUGCCACAUAUUUCAGCUAUCAGAACAGGUAUCACUUCUGUGAGAAGUGCUUCAACGAGAUCCAAGGCGAAAGUGUCACUCUGGGUGACGACCCUGCCCAGCCGCAAACAACGAUUUCAAAAGAUCAGUUUGAAAAAAAGAAAAAUGACACAUUGGAUCCUGAGCCAUUUGUUGAAUGUAAAGAAUGUGGCCGCAAGAUGCAUCAGAUCUGUGUUCUCCAUAAUGAAACUAUCUGGCCUUCAGGCUUUGUUUGCGACAACUGCUUGAAGAAAGCGGGUAAAACAAGAAAAGAAAAUAAAUUCAGCUCCAAAAGGUUACAAACGACAAGGUUAGGGAAUCAUUUAGAAGACAGAGUGAACAAAUUUCUAAGACGUCAGAACCAUCCAGAAGCUGGGGAAGUUUAUGUCCGUGUGGUAUCCAGCUCAGAUAAAAUAGUGGAAGUUAAACCAGGAAUGAAAAGCAGGUUUGUGGAUACAGGUGAAAUGUCAGAAACUUUUCCUUACAGAACAAAAGCACUGUUUGCUUUUGAAGAGAUCGAUGGUGUAGACGUCUGUUUCUUCGGAAUGCACGUACAGGAAUAUGGCUCUGAAUGUCCAACUCCUAACACAAGGCGUGUGUACAUAUCAUACCUUGACAGUAUUCACUUUUUCCGCCCACGAUGCCUGCGAACUGCAGUUUAUCAUGAAAUCUUAAUUGGUUACCUGGAGUAUGUGAAAAAACUUGGGUUUACACAAGGCCAUAUAUGGGCAUGUCCUCCCAGUGAAGGUGAUGAUUACAUCUUCCACUGUCACCCAGCUGAUCAGAAGAUCCCCAAACCUAAACGGUUGCAGGAAUGGUAUAAGAAAAUGCUGGAUAAAGCAUUUGCUGAGCGAAUCAUACACGAUUACAAGGAUAUCUUCAAACAAGCAACAGAGGAUCGACUGAUCAGUGCAAAUGAGUUGCCUUAUUUCGAAGGUGAUUUCUGGCCCAACGUACUUGAAGAAAGCAUAAAAGAGCUGGAGCAGGAAGAAGAAGAACGGAAAAGAGAGGAGAACAGCAUUCCUAGUGAAACCCCGGAUGGAAAGAAAGGAGACAGCAAAAACGCAAAGAAAAAGAACAAUAAGAAAACCAACAAGAAUAAAAGCAGCAUUAGUCGAGCUAACAAGAAAAAACCCGGAAUGCCGAAUGUAGCCAAUGACUUGUCACAGAAGCUGUAUGCCACAAUGGAAAAGCAUAAAGAGGUAUUUUUUGUUAUCCAUUUUCACGCUGGGCCAGUGGUGAAUACCUUACCAUCUGUUGUGGACCCUGACGCACUGCUGAGCUGCGAUCUGAUGGAUGGCCGUGAUGCUUUUCUGACCCUGGCCAGGGACAAACACCUGGAGUUUUCCUCGCUGCGGCGUGCAAAGUGGUCCACCAUGUGUAUGCUGGUGGAGUUGCACAAUCAAGGCCAGGACCGGUUCGUUUACACGUGUAAUGAGUGCAAGCACCACGUGGAAACACGGUGGCACUGCACGGUCUGUGAGGAUUACGACCUGUGUGUUAACUGCUACAAUGUGAAAGGCCACGAACACAAAAUGGUUAAAUGGGGCCUGGGCUUGGAUGACGAGAGCAGUAACCAACCGGACCCACUUUCCAAGAGCCCGCAGGAGUCCCGCCGUCUCAGCAUCCAGCGCUGCAUCCAGUCCUUGGUCCACGCCUGUCAGUGCCGCAACGCCAACUGCUCGCUGCCGUCCUGCCAGAAGAUGAAGCGGGUCGUCCAACACACGAAGGGCUGCAAGCGCAAGACUAAUGGGGGCUGCCCUGUCUGUAAGCAGCUCAUCGCCCUCUGCUGUUACCACGCGAAGCACUGCCAAGAGAACAAGUGCCCCGUGCCGUUCUGCCUGAACAUCAAACACAAGCUGCGCCAACAGCAGCUGCAGCACCGGCUGCAGCAGGCGCAGAUGCUGCGCCGGAGGAUGGCCACCAUGCAGCGUGGGAAUGUGCCUCAGCAGAGCCUGCCUUCUCCUACCUCAGCCGCGCCAGUGACCCCCACGGGGCAGCAGCAGCCUGGCACGCCCCAGACACCCCAGCCCCAGCCCCAGCCCCAGACCCCGCCGUCAGGCAACCUGCCCAGCGGAUUCCCUAACCCGCCCAGGACUCAGCCCCCUAGCACCGCCGUCUCGCAGGGGAAGCCCACCGGCCAGGCAGCAGCCCUCCCCCAGGCCCCUGCCCCUCAGCCGCCACCGGCCGCGGCACUGGAGGUGGCCCGGCAGAUCAAACUGGAGGCCCAGCAGCAGCACCACCUCUACCAGAUGGCCAGCAUGAACAAUGGGCUGGGCAUGGCCCGGCAGAACGCCAUGGGCCAGCAGAUGGGGCCCGUCAGUCAGAUGCCACCCGUCAGCAUGAAGGUAGCCCGUCUGCCGGUGGGUCAGGUCAUGCCAGGGACUCAGCCGGCGCAGUGGCCGCAGGGAACGACGCUCUCGCAGCCCCAGCCUCUGCCGGCGGGCGUGCCCCGGAGCAGCGUGCAGAUGACGUCCCCGCAGACGUCGGCGGGCCAGAGGAUGCCGGGAGCCCAACAGCCGCCUCGUAACAGCGUCCCACCCAACGCUCUGCAGGACCUCCUCCGGACCCUGAAGUCACCGAGCUCCCCUCAGCAACAGCAGCAGGUUCUCAACAUCCUCAAAUCCAAUCCCCAGCUCAUGGCGGCCUUCAUCAAACAACGAACAGCCAAAUACCAGGCCAGCCAGCCGGGUCUGCAGUCUCAGCAGCCCCCGGGCAGGGUGCCAGCGGCGGGCAUGCACGCUCAGCCGGGCAUCCUGAGCCCCAUGCAGGCUGCUGCCCAGCGACCUGCCUUAUCCCCACAGCAGCAAGGUUUGGCGGGCAUGAAUGCCCAGGGCCAGACCAUGGGUUUGAUGAACCCUGGACACAAUGCCAGCCUGAGCCCACAGUACCGGGACCUGUACAUCAGGAGGCAGCUGAUUCAGCAGCAGCAGCAAGGCACCGCCAUGACCGGGGCGAUGGCGGGCCACACGCAGUUCCAGCAGCCACAAGGACCGGCGUACCCGCAGGGCGUACCUCAACAACGCCUGCAGCAGCACCUGCCCAUGCAGGGAGGACCAAUGGGGCAGAUGGGGCAGAUAAACCAGCUGAGCCAGUCCGGGAUGGGGACGGACGGGGCGCCCACCAUCCAGCAGGCCCUGCAGCAGAGGAUUCUCCAGCAGCAGCAGUUAAAGCAGCAGCAACUGAGCUCGCCAGGACAGCCCAACCCCAUGAGCCCCCAGCAGCACAUGCUCUCAGGACAGCCGCAGUCAUCCCACCUCCAGAACCAGCAGAUCGCCACCUCCCUCGGCAACCAGGUGCGGUCUCCACAGCCAGUGCCCUCUCCGCGGCCCCAGUCGCAGCCUCCGCAUUCCAGCCCUUCGCCCAGGAUACAGCCACAGCCGUCCCCCCACCACGUCUCCCCGCAGACCGGCUCCCCGCACCCCGGACUCGCAGCGCCCCAGGCUAACCCCAUGGAUCAGGGACAUUUUAGCAGCCCGGAACAGAGUGCAAUGCUUCCACAACUGACUAACCCUAGCAUUAGUGGUAUACACAGCGCCACUGGGGACUUAGGACUGGGCGCUGACACCUCCAGCCUAACGAGCUCCACCAUUACAUGUGACACACUAGAAAAAUUUGUGGAAGAAAACUUGUAGCAUUUUGGGAGACGUUUAUCCUGAUAAUUUUUGUACUGAAAAUUUCAGCUGUCUGGGGACACACAACCCCGAGGAGAAACUGCAACUUCCUGAGACUUUGAGGGUUGACUUGCUGUUGAAUACAAAGAAUAUAUUUUUUGUUCAGACUGGUUGCACAUUCUGCUUGAGUUUUGCUUUUUCAUUUUGUUUCUUGUUUUACUUUGUUGCUAAUGCCUGAUUUUUUUAAUGGAAAUGAAUGCAUUCAUUAUAUUAUUCAUAUUUUUUAUUUUGUACUUUUCAGACUUUAAGCAUUUUUGUGUUUAAAAACCGGGAAAAGUUUUCCUAGGAAAUGCAACAUAUAAUGUAUACCAAUAAUUUUCUGCCGUGUUCUGGGAAGGUUUUUCUAUAGUGAAGUCUGUGCGGGCGUUUCAAGUAUUGAAUUUGUAUAGAUAGGAAUAGACCAUUGCACACAUGUACCGGCUGAAGCCAAACCUUGUCUUGCAGAUGUAGAAAUUGUUGCUUUGUUUCAUGAUAAACUGGUUUUAGUGAAACUAGGAUGAUCACUGAUAGAUUGUGGUGAUUUUAAUAGAAGAACUAUCUUUCCUUUUUCCUUCUCCAUUCUCUGUGAAACUUGAAAUGAGAAGAAAGCAAUUAUAGUGUAAAUCAUGCAAGUUAUAUAAUUACUAUAAAUAAGGAAACAAAACUCUCAAUCACUGUAUAAACUGGUUAAAACUCAUUUCUUACUUAUAUACCAUAUUGUUAAAUAAACUGUGUGCAACAGAAAACAGGUUUGUAUUUC